UGUUAGCUUCAACCCGCACUUUUGAUGUCUCAGUAUCAUUGCGAAAUAAAAUUAUGCGACGGUUAGAUACACAAAUUACAAUUAAUUGUUAGUCAGUAUUGCAGUGUGUCUCGAGCAAUGAAAAUGUUGUCGGUCAGGAGGCAGAUCGCUCGAUAUUUCUUCAGUGAAAAUACUUUAUCUAGAAAUUUUGGACGUGGAAAUUUCGUGAGCCAGGCGGAUAAACCAACAUACGAUGACAGCGCUGCCAGUAGAACCUCCCCGUCUCAAUCAGACAAUUUAUCCCACAAGUACAACCCUGGGGCAGUCCCUCUAGUCGACAUGACAGUGGGUCAACUCGUGGAGAGAGCCGCGAGGCUCUGGCCCAAUCGAGAGGCCUUCGUGUCGAUCCCCCAGGGCAUCCGAAUCACCUACAAACAGGCCCUGGAGAGGGGCGAUAAAAUAGCAGCUGGUCUGAAAAAACUGGGACUCAAACCCCGGGACAGGGUGGGCAUUUGGGGGCCAAACGAUGUAGAGUGGAGUCUCGCUUUCCUCGGGAUAACGAGGGCUGGACUAGUGGCUGUUGGGAUUAAUCCGGCUUAUCGUCAAGCGGAGAUCGACUAUUGCAUUGAGAAAGUUGGAGUCAGUGCUGUUGUGGCACCGGCCAAGUUUAAGACGCAGGAUUAUGGCGCGAUGCUCGAGAAUACUAGGAGUAAAGGGGGAUUAUUUAGACAUAUUAUCCUGUGGUCGCGUGAACAUAGGACAGGAGCACAUCGUCUUGUGGACGUGGAAUCGCUUGGUGGUAAGGUCGAGGUGGAGGCGAUCCGGCACACACAGGGGGAAAUAUCAGCGCAUGAUGGGUGCAAUAUACAGUUCACCUCGGGGACGACGGGUCAGCCGAAGGCGCCCUUUAUUUCUCAUAGGUCCAUAGUCAAUAAUGGAAUUCAGGUUGCUGAGAGAGAGGGUCUGCCGAGAGAUCAUCACAGAAUUUGUCUCAAUGUCCCGUUCUUCCAUGCGUUCGGAAUGGUCCAAGGAUUGAUGGCGAUGUUCCACAGUGGAUCAACACUAGUCAUUGAAUCCCAAACGUUUAAUCCUAGAGCUUCAAUCGAGGCUAUUGCGAGGGAGAAGUGUACUGGCGCAUUUGGGACACCCACGAUGUGGGUCAAUAUGAUGAGCAUUCAGAGUCAAUUGAAGGCUCCAGUGGACGAACUAAAGUGGGUAGUGACUGGAGGCGCCAAUGCAUCUCCAGAGAUGAUUAAAAACGUAGUUAUCACAUUCGGUUUGGAAAAUUUCAGAAUGAUUUAUGGACUGACAGAGACCACUGCCGUUAUGUUCUCGACGAAUCCCGGCGAGCCCGAAGAAUUGACUCAUUCUACUGUUGGCUGCCUGCAGCACCAUCUCGAAGUCAAAGUGGUGGAUGAGAGAGGGGCAUUAGUGCCGUUCGGCACUCCGGGGGAAUUGUUGAUGAGGGGGUACAGUGCCAUGAUGGGGUACUGGGGAGACCCGGAAGGCACGUCGAAGACCAUCGACGGCGACGGGUGGCUGAGGACCGGGGAUAAAUUCGUGUUGAGGGAGGAUGGGUAUGGACACAUUGUGGGGAGGAUCAAAGACAUGGUGAUACGAGGCGGUGAGAAUAUUUAUCCCAAGGAAAUUGAGUGCUUCUUAGAGACCCACCCUGAGAUUCUAGAAGCCCAAAUCUUCGGUGUGCCCGACCAAGUCUACGGAGAGGAACUUUGCGCUUGCAUUCGGCUUAAGAAGGGGGCGAAUCUCUCCCCGGAGGAAGUUAGAUCCUUCUCAAAGGGAAAUAUCGCGCACUUCAAAAUACCGAGGUAUAUACUCACUGUGGAAGAAUUCCCAAAGACCGCGAGUGGAAAAAUUCAAAAGUUGAAGCUACGCGAGGAGAUGGAGAGGAAGAAACUUAUACCUGUGACGAAUACCUAAUGAGCAUUGUGGUUUUAAUAAAUUUUUAUUAAAUCAGA